CACCCAUCCACCCACCCAUCCUGGGUCCCUGUGCACCUGUCUUUGUCCCCCUGGCUGCUGAGUGGGUGGCCUGCCAUGAAAUCGGGGGUCCCAGGAGGGCCCCCCGGCUCACUCCAGCUGGCCGUUGGCCCAAACAGGGGACAGAAGCCAGCCUUGGGGGCCAGUCAAAGGCCCUGGGGUUCAAUCCGCCUGUGCACACAGUGCUCAGCCUCAGUUUACCCACACACACACACCUUCCUGCAAAGAUGAAAAUUCACUCCUAUGAGACCGACGCGGUGGAUCACGCCUGUCAUUGCAGCACUCUGGGAGGCCCGGAAGGGAGGAUCGCUGGAGGUGCCGGAUUCCUCUCGCCGAGCUCAGGCUUCGCGGCAAACAUGAUCUCCAGGACGCUGUCCGCCAAGAUCCUCAAGAACAUCCCCUACGACAAACACAGCCCGGAGAUGACGAACAGUUUUUCUUCCAUCACUGAAGAGAAACCAGGACAAAAAGACUCCUGCUCGUCUCCUGACUCCGAGAAGAACCCGUUCCACCUGUCGGCGGACGAGGACUUCUUCCUGCUCAGGAAGCAGGAGCGGAGCAAGGCUCUCGCGGAGCGGGAGCGGAAGAAGCACUUGCGUGUGCACGAGAAGAUGACGCACUCGUCCAAGCUGUCGGCCAAGCGCGCCAACCUGCUGCGGCAGCUGCAGGUGGAGGACGAGGCCCAGGACAUGGAGGCCCGGGCGGAGGCCGAGCUCACGCACACCUUCCGCGACCACGCCGCCUGGACCCUCACGGAGGCGCGGCUGGAGCGGGCGGAGCGCAGCCUGGAGCGCGACGCGGCGCUGUUCGACGAGUUCCUGCGCGACAACGACUGCAGCUCCGUGCAGGCCAUGCGCGUGGCCGAGAAGGAGACCAAGGCCAGGAUGGAGAAGAUCUUCGAGAUCCGCGAGCUCACCACCCAGAUCACCAACAUCAAGAGGCGGGAGAUGUUCCUCCUGCAGUACGCGCUGCAGAUGAAGCUCAUCGAGGUGCAGCGGCUGGAGCUGCUGGCCGUCCGCGAGGAGGCGCGGCUGGAGCGGGCGGAGCGCAGCCUGGAGCGCGACGCGGCGCUGUUCGACGAGUUCCUGCGCGACAACGACUGCAGCUCCGUGCAGGCCAUGCGCGUGUGA